AUGAAAACAGCUUUGGAUACAAAUAUAACGAAAUUGAUGAAAUCAAUUUUUAUUCAGCGGAAAUAUCUUUUGCCCAAUAUAUUUAAGCAAUGCAUGUUAUCCACAAAUACCAACCCAUCUCAGUCUAUAAAAGAUGAUGGAAAUAAUCAAAAAACUGUAAAUGAUGAAUCUUUUAUAUCGCUUUUGAGAAAUUCACCAUUUAUCCGACUUGGUGAUCCCAAGAAUAAAAUUUUAAUUGGAAAUGUCACCAUUGUUACAAAAUCAGAUAUAUAUGUGGACUAUGGGGGGAAAUUUAACGCAAUUGUGAAAAAUUCUUUUAAAAGCGAGGAAAAUAUUAAAAUAAAUACGAAGGUAUACUUACUACUUAAUGAACAUGAAAAAGUGGCUAAUUUUGGGGAAAAGCAUUGGAUAACCUUGAAAGAGGCUGAUGCAAUUUUACUGGGAGUUUGUAAAAAUCAAUAA